AUGAUAGCGCCCGAGAUUCAGUCAGACAAUACCAACUCCCAGCAAACGUUGAAUAUUGUGCGAAAGUGGCUGCGAAACUGUCUUGAGACUCACAAACGGUGCAAUCAUACAGCCGAACCAGCUUGGAGGCCGACUCGCUUGCUUGAGCUCGAUAGCCCUUUUUCGGAUUAUGUUACUCUCAAUUGUACGGGACCUGAGGCGACAAUCGUUCAAACGGAGUCUUAUGCAACAUUGAGUCACUGUUGGGGACAUGGUGAUCCUCUAAAGCUGACAUCCUCGUCUUUUCCACGCUUAGUCGGAGGUAUACCGGUCACGGAGUUGCCAAAGACUUUUCAGGAUGCAAUCGUUAUUGUUCGAUCCUUGGGCUUGAAAUGCGUAUGGAUCGACUCUCUCUGUAUAUUUCAAGAUUCUAAGGACGAUUGGACUUCAGAAUCUUCCUCUAUGGGAAAGGUUUAUUCACAAGCUGUACUGAAUAUCGGAGCAACAGCCUCAUUCGGUAGUAACGAGGGCUGCAUUCGCGAGAGAAAUCCUCGCUUCAUACACAAAAAGGGAAUUGAGACUUCUUGGUCAGACCGACUCAAUGGGCGAUUUCAAAUUUAUCUACAUUCGAAAUCAGCAACGCUAGAUGAUAUCUCGUCCACUUCCCCAUUGCUUCGUCGUGGUUGGGUUGUCCAAGAACAUAUGUAUUCUGAAGGGGCACCCAAGGAUAUGGCUCUGUUGACUCAUCCACUUGUCAAACGAGAUGAACCUUCUAUUCUCACAUCGAGAAUAUCCGACGCUAGCAGGGCAAUCAAAGUUUACAAAUUCUGGGCAAGCCUAGUUGAGUUCUAUUCAAGGUGUAGUCUUACAUUCAAAACUGACAAACUGAUUGCUCUCUCUGGUAUUGCCAAAAUCAUACAAAACGCGACUGGCGAAACAUAUUUCGCUGGCUUAUGGGAGAGCCAGUUUCCUCAAUUUUUGUCAGGCUCCAUCAAGCUACUUGGAUUGUUGUGGACUGUGGUAAUACGGCUGGUUGAAUCUCUUGACCUUGAGGGUAAACUUGAUAUCCAGGUCAAAACCGGGGUCGUCAGAAUUAUGUGCCACAAGACCGCCUGCGCUUUUGAUAAAUAUCCAUUCAGUGAAAUUUCAGGUAGCAUUGACUUACAUUUUAUGCCGAUAACGCACCAACCCAACGGGUCCUUCCAAGGCCUGCUACUUGUGCCUACUGGCAACUCUAGGGGCCAAUUUCGACGAGUUGGCCUGUUGUACUUCAAGUGGGACGAGUGGGUGGAAGAUUCGUGGGAUGAAGCUAUACGUGCUGAAAAUCAUGAUUGGCUCGAAUAUGUGGAAUUUGAUGGAGUUGACAAAUACACGAUCACGAUCAUAUAGCGGUGUUGGCUUUUUUGGUGUUAUGUCUUGCAGGGUUUUAUAUUUGUAAGAUUGGUUGG